GAGGAGGGUCAAGCCAUCCUCUCGGUCCGUCUGCAAGCGCUGCGCUUCCUCCUGCUGCUGGAGAAAGACGGGGCGGACGUGCCACCGCUUCAUCCCCCAUUUUUCGCCACCCGGACGGCGCAGCACGCAGCCACCGCUGCUUCCUUGUACCAAGACCAGCGGGCGCUGGAUUUGACUUUCUUCGCCCGGCAGCUCGGGGACUGUUUGCUGGCAGCUCUGAGGGAGGAGGUUCCUCCUGACGGUGUCAAACAGAAGCGUGCGGUGAAGCAGCAGCUCUGCUACGACCUCCAGCUCUUGGCCACUGUAGUCUGUGACGCCUUCCAGUGCUCCCAGAUGGUUCAAGCUGCAGGUGGAAAGCUACCGCAAGCUGGGGCAGCUGGAGAGAGCCCUGAUGAGCACGGCGCAGUGGCUGGGGGGGCCGGGGGGGGCGCGGCGCGGGCGGGGGGUGUCCACUACUGGGUCAGAAUCAAAACAGACGCCACCAAACAGGGAGCCGAGGAGCUGCGGUUACGGACCUUGAAGGAAGGUUUGGGAGGGCACAACCUAGACGCUGAGACCUUGGUGACCGUCCUGUUCGAGGAGCUGAAGGCCUACAAGGCGGUGAGAGGCGACACGGGGCAGGAACGCUACAACGUCCUCUGCGACCUGCUGGAAAAAAAAGGUCGCCUCUACGAGCGAGCCGUCGCCUUGACGGAGCUGGCGCAGGUCUUGUGCUACCACAGCUACGCCCAGCAGACUGACUGCUCCUCCUUGGACUCGGUCCGUGAGGCCUUGCGGCUGCUGGAGCUGGUACCCGAGAGCGCUGAGAACCGGGACCGGCUCCUCGACGAGCGGGCGCAGGCUCUGCUCUGGUUCUACAUCUGCACCCUGGAGGCCCAACUGGAGAAGAGCAUAGAGAGGGACCAGAGAGCCAAAGCUCAGGGGUCAAAGAACCUGGAUGACUGUGAGCCCAACGACCUCAACUACGAAGGCCGAAUGCUGGAGGACAGGUUCCUCUACGAUGGCAUCUCCUUUAACCUGGCCACGGAGACUGCUCUCUCCAAACACCUGGAUGACGCCUUCGCCUCGUGGAAGCAGCUCCUGGUGACGCCGGGCAUCCCGGCUGUCCGCAGCCCAGAGCAGACUGUAACAUCCUUGAACCUCCUGGCAGCUCUCUACAAGCUGAUGGCCAAGCCCUUGCAAGCCAUCGAGAGCUACCUCCUGGUGAAAUCCUUGUGCGACGCGCUUGGGGACAGCCUGGCCGCGGCCGGUGCCCUGUGCCAGGUCACCAAGCUGCUCUUCCAGCUGGAGUGUCCCAGCUACGCCCAGCUUUUCCUGGAGGAGGUGGAGUCCCGCCUGCAGAAGAUCGCUGGCAGCAAUGAUUCCUCCCUGCUGCUGCAGCAAACCUGCCUCCUGCUCCGCAGCCAGCUGUGCUGCGUUGACCGCCGGAUCGACGAGGGUCUUGCCCUGUUGCUGGAGGUGCUCCAGAACCCGGCUCUGCAAAAAAACAUGAAGGCUUGGUACCUGCUGCGAGCCCACGUCCUGUGGCUGGUGGCCGUUUACCUGAGCCUUCCCCCCACCAGCCUCUCUCUGGAGCUCCGGCAGCGAAUCUUUGUGCAAGGGUGGAAGACGCCAAAGACGGCUCUCAUGGAAGCCCAGAAGCUUUUCCGCGGCAUCAUCAUCCUCCUGCUGGGCAACGAGCUGCUGGGCUCGCAGGCAACGGCGUCCGACGUCCAGUUCGUGGCUUAUGGGGACAACCUGCUGCUGAAGUGGCAAGUGCUGGCCGACCUGCUGGCCUGCUCGGAGCAGCUCGUGGCUCUCCUGGGCCGGCUGGAGGUGGUGUGUAACGCCAAAGCCUUCUGCCUCGAGGCCCUCAAACUCGCCAUGAAACUGCAAACCACCCGCUGGUGCACGUCCUUCCUGGUGCUGAAAGCUCAGCUGGAGCUACAGCAGGAUGAGCUGGAGCAGAGUCACUCCGACCUCCGGCAGGCCCUUUUCCUCCUGGAGUCUGACACCG